AUGCUCGGCGCGCCGCUGCCGAAUUGCUCGGUCGUCUUCUUCCACCACGUCGAGAAGACUGCAGGCACGACGCUGCGUGCCCUCUUCCAGCGGCACGCGCAGCUUGGUCUCUUCGAUCUCAUCAGCUUUGUCGGCCCACGAGCGCUCCGCGGCCUGAACCGACUCGCGCCAUUCAGCGCGGUUGCGCCGGACACAUCGUCGGCGGGAGCGAAGAUGUACAGCUACGUCGGCUCAUCGCCCGCAGCCCAGGUCAAGGUGUCGGACUCCCCGGCGUACGGCAAGCUGCCGCCGCCCGCCGUGGAGAAGAAGGGCGUCAUGGUCUACCGGGCGGGCGAGAGGGUGGGCUUCUCGGAGCUGAAACACCAUGUCGGCUGGAUGGAAAAGCAUCCCAGCAAUGGCUGCGUGUACGCCGCGGGCAGCGGCAAGCUCCGCGCGUACAAGGUAGCCGCUGAUGGCAUGCUCGAGGAGUUUAGCAGCGCCGACGCCCUCGGCAACCCGGCGCACUUUUGCUUAUCUGCCGACGGGGCGUGGGCGCUCUGUGCCAACUACAGCGCGUCGACGCUGUCGGUGCUGCCGAUCGCCGCCGACGGCAGCGCGGCCACCGACUCGAAGCACCACGUCGUCAGGCUGAACCCGCAGCUCGCUGACCGGCAAGAAGCUUGCCACCCUCACCAGGUGCGGCUCGACCCGGGCAGCGGCGCGUGGGCGCUCGCCUGCGACCUGGGCGCGUCGAGGGCGGUGUGGGUGUACGCGUUCGACGUGGCCCGCGGUUCGCUCGCCGGCGCGGCCAACAGCGAGCGGCACUUGCUGCUGCCCGAGGCGAGUGGCCCUCGCCACCUCGACUUCCACCCGACCAGGCCCUGGGUCUACGUCCUCUGCGAGCUCGACGGCAACAUCGUCGGCUGCCGCUGGGACGCAGAGCAAGGACGGCUGACUCCGUUCGGCUCUUACUACACCCUCCCCGACGGCGUUUCGCCGUGGCCGUGCCCACCACUCCG